UUCUCCGUCUUCUCGCCAGAAGGAAAGAGCUAUGGUCAGUCUAAGUGCGUUCUCUGCUUCUCCGUUCCCCGCAGGAGUUGAGCCUGAUAUCGUGUUGCCUACACAAAUAACAUGGAAAACAACGCAAAGACAGAACAGGAUGAAUCAGAAUCGGGUAUCACGGAUAGCAGUGCAAGAGAGCUGGCAGUCCCAUCAUCAGGGCAUCCCCAAUCCGGACUAGGACGUAUAGGCAGCAGUACGCGAGAUUUAAGGCCUCCAUCCCAACAACCCCGCCAACCAAUAACAGGCUCCACGGAAAUCCAUCCAUGGCAGGUGAUGAUCCCAUCCUCAGAGUAUGACCCGUCAGGACACGGCUUCAUGCGGACACAGCAACCAGCAUCAGAAUACAACCAACCAAUGCUUGGAUCCAUGGACAGCAGUUGGCAGAAUCGGAGGAUCCCGUCACCGGAGAUUCACCAGUCGGGACCCGGCGCCAUUGGCACCAGUACGCACAACGUGUCCCCCCCAGCGACAGGACACCGCCAAUCGAUAACAGGCUCCCAGGAAGGCAGUUCACGGCAGCUGACACUCCCAUCACAAGAGCGUCGCCAGUCGGGACCCGGCGUCAUUGAGAGCAGUACGCGCAAUGUGAUCGUCCCAGAGUCAGAACGCAGCCGAUCGAUAAUAAGCUCCAAGGAAGGCAGUUCACGGCAGCUGACAAUCCCGUCGUCAGAGCAUCACCAGUCGGGACCCGCCGUCAUCGACAGCAGUAUGAGCAAUGUGAUCGUCCCAGAGUCAGAACGCAGCCGAUCGAUAACAGGCUCCAAGGAAACCAGUUCGCGGCAGCUAACAAUCCCAUCGCAAGAGCGUCGCCAGUCAGGACCCGGCAUCAUCGAGAGCAGUACGCGCAAUGUGAUCGUCCCAGAGUCAGAACGCAGCCGAUCGAUAAUAAGUUCCAAGGAAGGCAGUUCACGGCAGCUGACAAUCCCGUCGUCAGAGCAUCGCCAGUCGGGACCUGGCAUCAUCGACAGCGGUACGUGGAACGUGACUGCCCCGUCAGAACACCAUCAAUCAAUAACAGGCUCCAAGGAAAGCAGUUCGCGGCAGCUGACAAUCCCAUCGCAAGAGCGUCGCCAGUCGGGACCCGGCAUCAUUGAGAGCAGUACGCACAAUGUGAUCGUCCCAGAGUCAGAACGCAGCCGAUCGAUAACAGGCUCCAAGGAAAGCAGUUCACGGCAGCUGACAAUCCCGUCGUCAGAGCGUUGCCAGUCGGGACCAGGCGUCAUCGACAGCAGUACGCGCAACGUGAUCGUUCCAGAGUCAGAACAUAGCCGAUCGAUAUCAGGAUCCAAGGAAAGCAGUUCGCGGCAGCUGACAAUCCCGUCAUCGGAGCGUCGCCAGUCAGGACCCGGCAUCAUUGACAGCAGUACGCGCAAUGUGAUCGUCCCAGAGUCAGAACGCAGCCGAUGGAUAACAGGCUCCAAGGAAAGCAGUUCGCGGCAGCUGACAAUCCCGUCGUCGGAGCGUCGCCAGUCGGGACCUGGCAUCAUUGACAGCAGUACGCGCAACGUGAUCGUUCCAGAGUCAGAACAUAGCCGAUCGAUAUCAGGAUCCAAGGAAAGCAGUUCGCGGCAGCUGACAAUCCCGUCAUCGGAGCGUCGCCAGUCGGGACCUGGCAUCAUUGACAGCAGUACGCGCAAUGUGAUCAUCCCAGAGUCAGAACGCAGCCGAUGGAUAACAGGCUCCAAGGAAAGCAGUUCGCGGCAGCUGACAAUCCCGUCGUCGGAGCGUCGCCAGUCGGGACCUGGCAUCAUUGACAGCAGUACGCGCAACGUGAUCGUUCCAGAGUCAGAACAUAGCCGAUCGAUAUCAGGAUCCAAGGAAAGCAGUUCGCGGCAGCUGACAAUCCCGUCAUCGGAGCGUCGCCAGUCGGGACCUGGCAUCAUUGACAGCAGUACGCGCAAUGUGAUCGUCCCAGAGUCAGAACACAGCCGAUCAAUAUCAGGCUCCAACAAAAGCAGUUCGCGGCAGCUGACAAUCCCGUCGUCGGAGCGUCGCCAGUCGGGACCUGGCAUCAUUGACAGCAGUACGCGCAACGUGAUCGUUCCAGAGUCAGAACAUAGCCGAUCGAUAUCAGGAUCCAAGGAAAGCAGUUCGCGGCAGCUGACAAUCCCGUCAUCGGAGCGUCGCCAGUCGGGACCUGGCAUCAUUGACAGCAGUACGCGCAACGUGAUCGUCCCAGCGUCAGAACACAGCCGAUCAAUAUCAGGCUCCAACAAAAGCAGUUCGCGGCAGCUGACAAUCCCGUCGUCGGAGCGUCGCCAGUCGGGACCUGGCAUCAUUGACAGCAGUACGCGCAACGUGAUCGUCCCAGCGUCAGAACACAGCCGAUCAAUAUCAGGCUCCAACAAAAGCAGUUCGCGGCAGCUGACAAUCCCGUCGUCGGAGCGUCGCCAAUCAGGACCGGGUAUCAUCGGGAGUAGUACACGGAAUGUGAUCGCCCCAGGGUCCCAACAGAGCCACUCAACAGCAGGGACGGUUGAAAGCAGUUCAGGACGUCUGAUGGUCCCUAUGUGGGAAUCCCAGCAAUCAGGAACCUCUGCCAACAGAAGCGGUCAGGGACAUCUGGCCAGCUCGUCGCCAGGAAGCUGGUCAUCCAUCCUAAGUGGCGUGGAAGGCAAUGCAAGACGACACGGCGCCACAUUGCCAGAACAUCGCAAAUCAAUAUCGCCUUCCUGGAGAAGUAGUAAAAGUGACGAGAGAAGUGGUACAAAAGGAGAGCACCGUCAUCCCAGAAGAUCAGUAGUUAACAAGUUGGCACUUCUUCAUCGGGGAACGUUGACAAAGGCGAUGACAAGACCGAAGACCCAACGCCGUAGCUAUGAGCUGACGAGGCCUCUUCUUAUGAUUACGGUGAUUACAUCCUUUGGAUCAUCCUUCCAGCAUGGCUAUAACCUCUGGGCUGUCACCCAUCCAUCAAGGCUCAUUGAAGACUUUUACAACACCACGUACCAUUUGAAGAAUAGUGUCGGCAUAGACAAAGGUUUCCUGACCAUCUUAUACAGUUUAACCCUUGCCAUGUUCUCCAUGGGAGGCCUCAUCGGGUCGCUUUUAUUUAGCCCCAUCGUGGAUAAGUUUGGCAGAAAAGGUGCCCUGAUGCUAAACAACUUCCUCUCCAUGGGCUCUUCCGUCCUCAUGGGCCUCUCCGCGACGAUACGUGCCUAUGAAUACACCAUCUUCUCCCGUAUGGUCAAUGGCAUAUGCACAGGGAUAUUCGCCUGUGCCGUGCCACUCUACCUGGCAGAAGUGUCCCCCAAAAACCUGAGGGGAGGAAUCAUGACAGUCUCCAGGAUCUUUGUUGUCGUCGGAAUCCUGUGUUGUCAGAUCCUUGCCCUUCCCGAACUCCUGGGGAACAUAAACGAAUGGCCCAUCUUGCUGAGCAUCCCCGGAGGCAUGGCUCUGUUUCAAGUCCUCAUCUUACCCUUCUUCCCAGAAAGCCCGAGGUUUUUACUGAUUCAGAAGAGGAAGGAAGAGAGUGCGAGGCAAGCGUUGCAGAUGCUGAGAUGCCAGCUCAACGUGGACCAGGAGAUUGAAGAACUUUACCAGGAGGACCAAGCCGAGAAGGCAGAGAAGGUCAUGAGUGGGAUGAAGAUAAUCUGCUAUCGGGGCCUUCGGUGGCAAGUCGUCUCCGUCAUCAUCUUGAUGAGUGGCCAACAACUCUCCGGUUUCAGUGCGGCAUACUUUUUGUCGGACCGAAUCUACAUGACAAUGUCGAUAUACGCUACCGACAUCCAGUAUAUUGACGUGCUUUCGACGUUUUCGCUUCUCUUGUCCUUGAUAAUAGUGAUGUAUAUCAUCGAUACCGUGGGGCGACGACUUCUAAUUCUCCUUGGCUUUGGGAUGUGCAGCAUUCUCUGUGUUCUCCUCACUAUGACGCUUGAGCUUCAGACCACCAUGUCAUGGAUGGCUUACAUCAGUGCAAGCUUAGUCUUUGUAUUCUUCGUCGGACACGUAAUUGGGCCAGGUGCCGUGCCUCAAGUGAUAAUAGCAGAACUCUUCCUUCAGUCAUCCCGGUCCACUGCCUUCAGCUUGGGCGGAUUUAUGUAUUGGUUAAUCUCCUUACUCACGGGAGUAAUUUUCCGUCAAGUUGAGUCAAAAAUUGGGUCCUACAGCUUCCUCCUCUUCUGGCCGCUCUGCUUCGGGAUCUUCUUUUACAUCUUCAAGAUCAUCCCUGAAACCAAGGGCAAGACCUUUCUGGAUAUCCGGAGGCUGAUGAAUGUCCAUGUGAACGUGGCCAGGAAGAUCCAAGUCCAGGGCUUUGGGAUGGACACCAAACCGACGGACGCCAAAGCGAUGGACACCAAACCGACAGACACCAAAGCGAAGGGCACCAAACCGAUUGUCAAAAAGUUAAAAAAGGGGAGGAUGGGACAGAAAAGCGGUAAAAAAAAGAAGCGGAAAAAGUCAUCAACCGGCGAGAUCACCAAAUAGUGUUGUCCUCCGGAGGUCACCCAACUCUAACAAAGCCGAGUUGGUGGCGGAUUCGUUGUCCUCCCUCCCGCCGCGCUCCAUUUAGUCUUUUCUACUCGUCUUUGGUUCGCUUUUUUUUUUAAUAAAAGGAAAUGAUGAAAGGUUAUGGUGUCAGUUUCCCAUCUGAACUCAGAUUUAUUGCUUUAUACCACUGGUUCCCAAACUUAUUUGGCCU